GCCCGGGUUCAAAUCUAGAGAGACUAUCCACUGUCCUAUCGCUAAAUAAAGGCAUACAAAUCCCCAAAGUAAACCUGACUGUAAAGGAAAAUGACACCUCUGAUGAAAUAAUUAGUUGCAUCCCUACUAGCCAGAAAUUAAUCAGCAUUUAUUUAAAAACGAAGAAGAAAUAUUUUACAUUCACAUGAGAAAAUAAUCAUCUGAAUUAAAGAGGUGAUUAUCGCUGAAUUAUAUUGAUUUUAAAUUCGUCAAACUGUAUCUUUGUGCAGGUAAAAAAAAAGUGUCCUCACAGGUAUUAUACGUGCGCGUGCGUGUUUGCUUGCGCCUCAGCUGUUGGCCGUUUACGUAUCAUAGCAACAAGUUCAAACAAAAAGUGACGUAGAAAAGAUGGCGACGCAGCGAGAGAAAGACGCCGCGGAUUAUCUCCACAAACACAAAAUUACGGAGCUCAUGGACAACCUGACUAGCAUCCUCUUCUUUCAUAGACCUGAAAACCCCAGAGAGUUCCUGGUGGAGCAGCUGAAACAGCUGAAGCUUUCUCAGCAGAGCGGUGUGAAGGGGCCAAAUCUGUUCAACAACGCCGACCUGAAUGCAAUUUUUGGGAUCCUGGAUCCAGUUGGACGGAAAUACAUCACUUUAGCCCAAUACAAGCAGGCUCUGACCACACUGGGAAUCAAAGACAUUAAUGAAUGUCCUGAAGGUGUAAAUGAAGACAGAAUAUCACAGGAGACCUUCAAAACAGAAGCGAUUCAAGGCCUGCAGGGAUGCUCAGCUACAUAUAUGUGAAGUAAUGUUUGAUGUGUCCUUCAGCUCAUAUGUUAUUUAAUUGAAUGUUUUUAAUGGAAUUGUGCUUAUUAUUUAUCUAUGUUUUGUUAAAAUAAGCACUUUUCAUUUGGUUAUUUUUAUUAAACUGUUGAUGUUAACAUGUUGCCAUGCUUUAAGAAAAUAACACCAUGUCAGAGGCUGGGUGUGAAUUUUUUUUUAACCUCAAGAAUACAUGAAAAGUCACACCACAAGUCCUACAUGUGUACAGAGAGUUGAAGUUUAUUGUGUGAGAAACUUCAUUAAAGCCAAAAGCACCUGCUGUAUUCUGUUCCUACCACAACGUCCUCAUCCCUAUUACAGAAAGUAUGGGCUUAUUGUUGAAUGUUGAGUCCAUCAACACUGAAGUUAAAACGUGAUAAAGUGGUUGUGUCUUUGGAUGUUGUGAUUAUUAAUGGUGAGACUUUCGUUAUAAAAUGUUUUUGAUUUAGGAUGGGCGACGGCUUGGCCCCAGAAAGUCUUUCCCUUUUCCAUUUCCCCCCCUUAUGGGCGACCUUGCCUGUGCUUACUUGUUUCUGUGUUGUAGAAAAUUGUAAAUGUAAUGUUUAAAUAAAGGUUAAA